CAGUCUUGUGCAACUUUGGAACGAAAGGUUGCUUUUUGGACUCGAUAGAAACAGCGAGAGCUCCCUUCUUCCCUUAUUGUGUUUUUCUUUUUACCGGCACCUUAGAAAACGUUUAUCAGACGUUUUAUUCGUUUUAUUAUAACAAUCAUCCUUAUUCAUGGCAAUACUGGAGCCCAAAACUCUUUUUUGCUUUUGUUUUCUUCUUCCACUUUCUCUAUCAGCGCAAUCGAGCCUGGACGCCUAAAGGAACUCAAGUUAUUUCCCCGUUUCCCAUUGCCUCUGAUCUAGAAAAACUAAGUCGGCCAUGGACGCAGUGAACGGUCUUGUUCCCGCGCAAAAUCAGCCGGGCAUUGAAUUAAGCCGAAAAGACGAAGAAAGAGGAGAAGAAAACGAGCUUCUGCAAGAAGAAGCCCUUUGCGCCGCCGCCGCGGAGACAAGCCGCUUAAAAUCACGUUCUUCAAUUAUUUUUUGGAAAUGCAAACUCUGGAUGGUUAUAACAUCUGUUUUUCUAGUGUUGAUCCUUGUGAUUGCUUUAAGUUUAAUUUUGUAUUCAGUGGUUCACAUAGAUGAAGAUGAAUAUUGGUAUCCUGAAUUAAUUGCAAGUGGUGAACCACGUAAUUUCUCUGGAAUAGUAAAUAUUAAAUGUCCAAACCCUAAUGUGCUUCUCUCAGAAUCUGCAUAUGAUGUGUUUUCUAAAAAUCUUAAUAAGAGGCUUAAGGAUGUAUACAGUUACUCACCUGCAUUGGGGAGAUAUUUUAUUUCAUCUGAAGUUAUUUCCUUCAGUGGAGAAAACAGUACAGCAUCAUACUACUUGCAAUUCUUGGUGCCAACUGAAAGUGCUGACUUCAUGAAGUAUAGAAUGAGUGAAGGGUUUGUAAUGAAUAUUUUAAGACAAAAUAUAUAUGACAAGCAAAAUAUCUCUGACUUGGAUAUACCUGAAUGUACAGAUGUAAUACUUGACCCAUCUUCUGUUACAAUAAAAUUAAUAUAAACUAUCAAUAUGGGAGGAAGAACUGAAUGCAGAUUUCAAGAGUGGCUUGAAGGACUUCUCUGAUCUUCUUAUGAAUUUUUUAUUUGGCAACAGCAGAAAAACAUGGCUGUAUCCAACAAUUUCACAUUUACAAAUUCAAAUUUAGAACAACAGUAUAAACCCCUUGAAAAGCAAUCAGAGCAUAAUAUAGUACAAGAAACUGAAGCAACAAUUUUGAUAAGAGGACAAGUGUUCCAGAUCUCAGAUAAGUAAAAUCUUAUUCAGUACAAAGACUUCUUUUUGGUGAAAUAAUAAGGACCUUUUCUUCAUUUUUCUGAAAUCAACUCAGGUCUACAAAAAAGGGUAUUUUAAAAAAAACACCCACAAUUUUAUAGAAAUGUUGCUUUUAUUAUUGCUUAUUAUUUUUGUUACAAUGUAUCACUUUGAGAGUGUUGACUUUAAUAAUUCAUAAUCACACUAAUUCUGAUGAGGAAAAUACAGUAUGGCUGGACAAAUCUGUCAGUUUUACUUUCAUUUGUAUACAUUUUACAGUAAUUCUAAUUUUUUUUGAAUGAAGAAAAUGGUAAUUCUCUAGCAAAUAUAGCUAUCACUACCUUUAAGCUAUAUAACUCAAUCAUUUGUACCAGAUGGAUUAUUAGGAACAAGUCAUUUCGUCUUUGGAAAUGCCUUUUUUAUCUUCUUCCGUAUUAAUGUUAACGAUGAAGAGCUUGGUUUGCAAUUUUUUAAAAGUGAAAAUUCCCUAAUUCAGCAAUAUAAAUAUGAUUGUAUGCAGUAUGUACAAGUAUUUAAAGUCUGAAGCAAAUAAAGCCUUCUGUUAGAAUUGAAAAAAA